CCCUUUGAGUGGCAUUUGGAACUUUGUUUUUAAAAAUAAUUAUCUUGAUCAACUCGUUUAAAAUAAUACAACACAAUGAUGAGGCCUUCAGGUGCGCUCGUUGCCACCCAUUUCAACAAAUACUCACUGGCCACAAUAUUAGGUACACCUGAGACCCAAAACAAGAGCUGUGUGAAACAUGUUUACAGUCAUUGAAAUGGGACACAUUGUUGAAAUUGGCCUUUUUGUUUGUGUUUAUUUGUAUACAAAUAGUUGGGCUUCUGGAUUCCCUGCCCACACAUCAAGUGUGAAAUUAAAGAAUGAAUGAAAUCUUUUGUUAUCUGACUUGCGUUGCGCAAGGUAAGCAGAGCCGCACCGGGUAUUUGUUGGAUGCAGAUAAGCCUUAACGGUGCUUCUGAUAAGUGGCACUUACUCGAUUGGUCAGGUGAAGUUGUCAACGUUGAUGUGGAUAUUUGUGUUUGGGGAUGUGUCCAGGCGCCACAUACACACAGUAUAGUUUACAAACUGUUGCCUCUAUGCGUUAAAAUGGUUGUAUUGGCUUUAUGGGGACUUUUUUUGUUUUUUUUAAACCCAGAAUCUGGGCUCUGCUUACGCUACUCUAGUAGCAAAGCAAGUUGGGGUGUGCGCACUUUUGCAACCGAAUUAUAUCAGGUUUUUUUUUUUUUACUUUUUUUUUUUUACUCCCUCUUUCAGAAAAUUAAAGUGAGUUGUAAAGGUUAUAGGUCACAUUAAUGGUCGAAACAGAUUUGAAAUCACAACCCAUGACGGGACAGAAAAGUCACAAGAACAACAUCAAGUAGAGCUGGAGCCUUGUCAGGUUAAAAAAUAAGCUAAAGCACGACUUACUUGAACUUCACUUUCUGGGAUUUUUGCAGGAGUUGAACUUUUUGUUUCACGGGGUGCGACCAUCUUGGAAAUGGGAGUUAAUUGGCCCAGUUAUUUGUCAUUUUUCAGAAUUGCAACUCGAGCUUGAUUUGAACUAAGUAGUCAUUUCUAGGUUUUAAUCUUCAUUUCUGCACUUUGCUUAAAAAGGACAAAAACAGAGUGCGCCCACUGGAGUUGUGAGUGGCCCACUUAGCAAGAGAAUGUUUUGUUUUCCAAUGGACUGCGUGAUGAAUUAAUGAGUGUGAAUAAUUGCUAACGUGGCGUGUCUGUUCUGAAAGAGUUGACAUCCUGCAUGUUUGCAUUCCACAGUUGUGCAAAGUAACCGGCCAGCAAGCAGCCAAUGUCGCUCGACUUCCUGCUUCUGAGUUUUUUUUGUUUUUUUGUAUUGUUGUCUGACUGCAUCCCUCAGCAAGCCUCCUCGCAGCCCGGCAGGAUACAACUUUUUGUCGGGGACAAGUCUCACACAGACUCAUCAGGCAAUCAUGACGGAAUCUGUGAGAACUUUCUAAAAAGCCGGCUUUAUUGGACCAUGUCGCUCCCGGAGGAGGACCUCACUUGCCCCAUCUGCCACGAGAUCUUCUCCGACCCGGUGGUGCUGUCGUGCAGCCACAGCUUCUGCAGGAGAUGUCAGGAGCGCUGCUGGGACGCGCGCCUCCGCGAGUGUCCCGUGUGUCGGAAGAAGACCUCCAAGUCCAGCCACUUCCCCAACCUGGCCCUGAAGAACAUCUGCGAGGCCGUGGUGCAGGCCCGCAGGGAGAUGGAAGCGGCGGAGGAGAGGCUGAUGUGUCCCCUGCACAGGGAGAAGUAUAAGCUCUUCUGUCUGCGGGACAAGGAGCCCAUCUGCGUGGUGUGCCAGUGCUCCAAGGCGCACAAGGACCACCAGUGCUCGCCCGUAGAGGAGGCGACGACCGACUGCAAGGAUAAACUAAACGAGACCCUCAAGAGCCUGCAAGACAAACUGGACAAGCUCAAGACCAUCCACAAGUCCUCCGUCGACAUGUUCAAGCACAUCAAGGAUCAGUCGGCGGAGACUCAGGAUCUGAUCCGGGGUCAGUUCGAGGAGCUCCGGCAAAUGCUGGGCCGGGAGGAGGCGGCCCGGCUGGCGGCGGUCAAGAGGGAGGAAGAGGAGAAGAUGGCGGCCACGAACGACAAGAUGAAGCAGAUGGCGGCCGAGGUGCUGUCUCUGGCCGAGAGCGUCGGCGCCGUCCGUCGGCUGCUGGAGGAAGACGACGUGGACUUGUUGAAGAUGAUGUUGGAGUUUCACGCUCUUUUCUUUUCACAGAAGUUUAAAGAUCACGAGGACAGAAACGCAACGCUGGGCUCAAACAACAUGUGCGGCGUCCUCAUCGACGUGACCAACCAUCUCUCCAACCUCAAGUACAGAGUGUGGGAGAAAAUGCUGGAACAUAUUGAUUACACCCCCGUGACCUUGGACCCAAACACAGCGCACCCUUGCCUCAUCCUGUCCGACGACCUCACUUCCUGUCACUACAAAGACCAGAUGAACAGUUGCCCCGACAACCCGGAGCGCUUCCACUUGAGCGCCGAGGUGGUGGGCGCCGGCGCGCUGGGCUCGGGAAGCCACCGCUGGGUGGUGCAGACGGAAGGCAACCGGGACUGGCUCCUGGGCGUGGCCUCGUCGUCCAUCCCCAGGGACGCCGAGGUCAACGCCAGGCCCGAGAACGGCUUCUGGACGCUGUGCUUCAGGGACGGCCAAGUCAAGGCCAUGACCUCCCCGCCGACGCCGCUGGCGGUGUCCAGGACGCCGGAGCGAAUCAAAGUGCACGUGGAUUACGACAAAGGCGCCGUGAUGUUUUGGGACGCCGACGACGACUCGCUGAUUCACGCGUACGAGCACAACUUCGCAGAAACGCUGCUUCCUUACUUUUACACGCAGAGCAGCCAUCCGUUGAGAAUCCUGCCGGAGAGGGUGCUUGUCACGAUGCUGAGGCAAUGAGCUUUUCAAUGACCUCAUUUUUCGCUUGCCGCCAUAUAGCACUCGGCCCAACGACGGCUCACAACUUGUAAUUUGUUGCGCUCGUAAGUCAGGGUACCAUUGUACUUGGAAUAUUAUACAGUGGAACCUCUAUUUCAAUUCCCGUUGAAUUUAACAUUUCCGAAUUUGACCACAUUUUUUUUUGGGGGGGGGGGGGGGUAGAAGGUGAAUAUUUAUUCUCAUUAUAUACGGAAGCGUAUUGCUGCCACACCAGAAAUAAAGGUUCUGUAUCCUGUUACAACAUAAGUUUCACGUGAUAACGUCAUAAGUUUCAUGUUAUAACGUGUUAAGUUUCACGUUAUCACGUAGUAAGUUUCAUGUGAUAACGUGUUGCACGUUAUAACGUGCUAAGUUUCACAUUAUAACGUGUUAGGUUUCACGUUAUCAUGAGAUAAGUUUCAUGUGAUAACGUGAUAAGUUUAGGUAAUUAAGGACUCCGCCAGUGACCUGAACCUGAAAAAAUGGUUUCGUUUUGCCUAAUGCGGAAGUCAAAUUUAUUACAUUUUAACGUGACUUUUUACAGUAUAAAGUGAAACUUAUCACGUUAUAAUGUGGUACUGAACCUUUUGUUUUUUCCUGUUACGCUUCCGUAAUUAUACACAGGUUAAUCGGUUAACGUUAAAAAGUGUGAUGUAGAACGUGUCAACUCUCCCUCGGCAAGCCUCCACCACCACCUCCAUCAACAAAAGCCAAUAGUUCCUUCUGUAACGUGAAUUCAGAUAUUUGUUUCGCAAUACUUAAUACAUGUUUGAAGAUCAUUUCUGAAAGAUUGAGAACUAUGCUGUCCUGAAUGGUGGAGAUAUACAGUGGUGUUCAACUGUUUUUCACCAUUUCAGUUUUCCAGAUGUUUUUUGGGACGGCAAGCACGAGUCGCCCCCCCCCCCCCACAUAAGAAAUGAGCACACUUGCAAGUGCAAUGUGCAGUUAGCUAGCUAGCUAUGCCUACACUUUGAAAACGCAUCCUCCUUUUGGAUAAUCUGCCGGUGUGGCCGCUUUAGAGCGCCUCAUUGACGGCCACAAGUGCGUGCACAUCACGGAGAGAACAAAUAAAGUCCGACUUGACAGCCACAGUGUGAACCGUGCUUUGGGCUGGUGUGGCUGCUUUAGAGCGCCUCGUUGUUGCGGCAAGUCAGCAGAUAACUUUUUUUUGUUUUAUACUUGUAUGAUGGUAAAUGUUAAAAAAGGAAAGUAUCGAGUUAGAUGAGUAUUUUUUUUUAAAUUUUUUAUUACGCGACAGUAAACAGUUUACAGUUCUCUUGACAGUAAGGAAUGUUACUUAAAAGACCGCCGGCACAGUUAGCAGUUCAGUAUCGUUUAAUGAUGGCGACAUCUUGAUUUUUGUCAAGUUAUAUUAUUUCCUCAGGGGAAAACUGGUUUCGAAAUGUGGACAAAUCUUAGCAAAGGGGUUCCACUGUAUUAGCGCCUUGUAUUCGACGUCUUCAGUACAAGUUUGCUAUUCAUGUCUGCAACCGAGUCAAUGCUCGCCUGCACUAUUUUCCCUCCCUCAAAGAAAUGCACAUCAUGCCUAACUCCUAUACAUCAAGUGUUCAUUCUAUACAUGAAGGUGGGAGUUUGUUUGAAUUUCAUGUCUUGUUUUAAGUUACAGGCCGGAAAAUCUGCGGGAAAUUUGCACAGAACAGCAUGUGGAUUAUUGCUUUUGUACACGAGGGUGCCGAGUCAAAUGAAUAAUUCCAAAAGGCUGCUAGCUGUAAGUAUAAUCACACUUUGAAAUUAAAGGUGCGCUUUUCCACAAUUUGAAGCAGUU